AUUCCCCUUACAUCAGUCAGCUUAUGUAGCAGUGAGAUAACUAACUACUCUAAUAUCUAAUGUACUUGUGCGAAGAUACCAUGACAUUCCAGACUACACUGAGGAUGUAUUUUGUCAUUACAGGAGAACUACAUGUCCCGUUAGAAGUGUGUGGUGCCGUGGUGAAGCGAGAGUUGGACUACUGGCAGGUGAACCAGUACUGUAUCAAAUCGUGUUGCUGGCGACACUACCGUUCCUACAUCGAGAACAAAGCCAUCCUUGACUCCUUCAACCGCAGUCUUGAGAAAGAACGAGUUCACAUCAAUAUAGACGAUUAUAUAGGAUGGAAACGCUUUCAAAUGAAGAUAUGGAUGAUCUUGGAACAUCCAAGGACAUCGCGUGUUGCUAUGAUAUACGGUAUUGUGUCCCUGCUGUUUGUGGUAGUUUCCAUCCUUGGCUUCUGCCUGGAGUCCCUACCUAUGUUACAAAAGCCUGUUCGAAAUAUUACUCGUGCCGGAAAUGCAACCGGCGGAUGUGAGGGUUCCGGAGGUGCACGAGCUCAGGCGAUGACUCAGAACGAGGCUCUUAACAUUCUUGACAUUAUCUGUACUGUCUAUUUUACUAUCGAAUUGGCGGUUAGAUUAUUUUUUGCACCAGAGAAAAUACGUUUUGUUCGCUCUAUGAUGAAUAUCAUCGAUUUGUUAGCUUUAGUUCCGCUGUAUAUGCAACUGCUCAUCUUCAAUACUGAGGAUUUGAAUUCGUGCUACGUAAACGGUCGGCUCGUGAUUGAAAUCAUGUUCUUAUUAAGAAUAGUAAGAAUGUUUAGAAUAAUGCAUCUUGUGAAACACUACCAAGCGCUGAAGAUAUUGGUGUAUGCUCUCAAGGCCAGUGUCCAGGAGUUGCUCAUGCUGGCUAUAUUCCUCCUCAUCGGCAUGCUUGUAUUUGCAUCCAUGAUUUACUAUGCAGAACGAAAGGACGCCGUUCAACCAAGCGAUACUUUCAACACCAUCCCAAUGGGAUUCUGGUGGGCACUCAUUACCAUGACUACGGUAGGAUAUGGUGAUGUUGUCCCAACCCGACCAAUCGGAUACGUCGUCGGGGCCGCUUGUGCUGUCAGUGGAGUAUUGAUGAUAGCACUUACCAUUCCUGUUAUAUCAAACAACUUCACACUCUUUUACACGCAUGUGCGAUCACGUGGGACAAAGGAGGAGGAGCGUGACAGAUACAGAAAUAGCAUGAGCACGUGCGUCAAUAACCCGUUUAGAGAGGAUACAGUGAUCAGCCACUCAGAAGAGGACGGAUACGGAACAAUAUCCUUACUGGAGGAGAAAAGGAAACCGUCCAAUGGUUCUGUCAUAGAAACCUACAUGAAUGGCCACGCUACACUCAGGAACUUCCCAGGAAGAAAAUCACCAAAAUAUAAGCACUUUCAAAAGUUGGCAGAAGCUUCAUCGCUUAACGAUGUGGUCAUUCGAAAUUCCGAUUUCGAUUGGCAAAGAACGAACAGUGAUAAAGCGCGCUCGGAUGACGGUGUCGCUUAUGCUGGAGAAACAAUUUUGUAAAAUAUGUCUAACGUGACCGAUUGGUUUACUUUCACAAUAGUAUGGGGAACAAAACAUUUGCCGGCAUCGAAACAACGAUUCCCUCCACACUUAUUGUGAAUGUGCUGACCCCUUACAUUUGGUGUCACUCCGUACAGUAUCCGAUAGACAAAGUUAUUGUAGAUUCGUAAGACCAGGGUGCGAGUCAAUUCAAUAUCUUUGUGCACUUUUAUAAGGUGAAAAAAAUAAUAAAUAGACAAAACUACUAUCAACUGAGGAUGGCGAAAUGAAACCGAAUACAUGAAACCAUACGGAUGUGGGUUGAUACCAGUGUCAGGUUACCCACUCUAUAUUUAUACGGAUGUGGGUUGAUACCAGUGUCAGGUUACCCACUCUAUAUUUAUACGGAUGUGGGUUGAUACCAGUGUCAGGUUACCCACUCUAUAUUUAUACGGAUGUGGGUUGAUACCAGUGUCAGGUUACCCACUCUAUAUUUAUACGGAUGUGGGUUGAUACCAGUGUCAGGUUACCCACUCUAUAUUUAUACGGAUGUGGGUUGAUACCAGUGUCAGGUUACCCACUCUAUAUUUAUACCGAUGUGGGUUGAUACCAGUGUAUGGUUACCCACUCUAUAUUUAUACGGAUGUGGGUUGAUACCAGUGUCAGGUUACCCACUCUAUAUUUAUACGGAUGUGGGUUGAUACCAGUGUCAGGUUACCCACUCUAUAUUUAUACGGAUGUGGAUUGAUACCAGUGUGUGGUUACCCACUCUAUAUUUAUACGGAUGUGGGUUGAUACCAGUGUCAGGUUACCCACUCUAUAUUUAUACGGAUGUGGGUUGAUACCAGUGUGUGGUUACCCACUCUAUGCAUUAAGUUCUGGUUUCAUCUUUUGAUAAUGGUGUUAUAACUAGUGCACAUUUAUGAUACAAAAACAAUACAAUGGAUUGUAAAAUACUAAGCAGAACGACCACAAACACUAAUGAGAUAUUCAGGUAAUUUUUCUCGCAUUUAUUAUUGUCUGGUCAUUUUGUUUAUAUAUGUCAAGAACCAACAACUCAUUUUAGAUUAGCAUGUAUACAUAAUGUGACACUGACAGUUGACGCUGGUAUAUACAUUGUAACAUUGACAGUUGACGCUGGUAUACACAAUGUAACAUUGACAGUUGACGCUGGUAUACACAAUGUAACACUGACAGUUGACGCUGGUAUAUACAAUGUAACAUUGACAGUUGACGCUGGUAUACACAAUGUAACACUGACAGUUGACGCUGGUAUCACAAUGCAACACUGACAGUUGACGCUGGUAUACACAAUGUAACACUGACAGUUGACGCUGGUAUGACAAUGUAACACUGACAGUUGACGCUGGUAUCACAAUGUAACACUGACAGUUGACGCUGGUAUACACAAUGUAACACUGACAGUUGACGCUGGUAUCACAAUGU